CGGACAGGGAGUGAGACGGCACUGCGAGCACAGGACGACUGUAGGCCCCCCAGUAGUGCCCUAUGUAAAUGUAGUGCCCUCUUUAUAUACAAUGCCCCCAGUAGUUGCCUUUUUACAUAUAAUGCCGUCUAGUAGUGGCCUUUUUUUAUAAACUGCUCCCUUAAUAGUGGUCUCUUUAAUUAUAGCCCCUCCACCAGUAGUGCUUUUUUAGAUAUAUUUGAUACAUUUGCUUUUUGAUGCCGCCUUUAACUGCUUUAUUUUUAGGACAGCUCACUGCAACUUUUUAUGACUGAUGUUGGAUGCACUUUUUUAAAUGAAGGGCAGAUCAUUAAUGAAACAGAGAAUCACUGCUUCUGCUAUAAACCACAAUGGAGUCUAGAUGUGAUGUGGUCCGCUCUGCAGAUUCAUGUCCAGAGUACAGAAAGAGUUCUUGUUAUACCUCGGCAUAACUGCACUCAUCCAGGGGAUACGCACGCUUACGUUAUUUGCUGGCUGCGCGGUGUCUGGGAACCACAAGGCUUCGAGGACGUACUCCUUGAUGUCAAUCAACUAGACAAAGACUUCUGCUUUCAUUUAAAUGUCAGCAGUACAACAACAGGUUAUCGUGUAACACUCCGGAAGAGCCGGUUUACUCUUCCAAUCUUCAUUGUCUUAAUUAGCAUUUUGCUGUUCUGCUUAGCCGGUAAACUGAGUAGGUCCUCUGUAUGUUUCUAUGCUGCUGGGAUAAUGCUUGGAAUGAUAACUUCUGUGCUCUUUGUUUUAAUAGUACUGAAGCGGUUUAUCUCAAAGCCCAGCACAAUUUGGCUUUUAAUAAACAUGUGCUGCUUUUUAACUGCAUAUGUUGUGCAGUUUUUGAAUGAGAAUCUAGCUUGGGUAUGGACUGAGAAGAAGCCUUACAUAAUAGGUCAUUGUAUCCUAUUUGGGUUACUCGGCUUCGCAGCUUGCUACAGUUAUGGCCCAUUGUGCAGUGAAAUAAGUUUUAAGAUUCUCACUUGGACGCUCCAAAUCAUCGCCUGCAUCUUGAUUUACUUUUUCCACCCUGUUAAUGAAAUUGCCGUUGCAGUCAUUGCCAUUCUUCUAUCAAGUAAGGGGCUGUCCUGCCUCUACAGGGCAAUAAGUUACAUUUACAGAAAAUGGAGACAGAAAAAGCCAAGCAUUCGAUUUCUUACAGAAGAAGAAUACAUUGAGCAGUGUGAAGUUGAGACACUUAAAGCUUUAAAAGAGCUUCGUGACUUCUGCAGUAGUCCUGACUUCAACUCAUGGAUUACAGUGUGCAGACUUUCUUCACCUAAGAGGUUUGCAGAAUUUGUCUUGGGAUCCAGCCAUAUAUCUUCUGAAGAGUUCACUACACAUGAGCAUCAGUAUGGGCUUGGGAGCCUAUUUCUAGAAGAACUUAUUGUCCACCGCAAGGAAGUAGAAGAUGAUGAAAAUGUCAAUGCAGAGGACUUUGAAAUUGAAAGAACUUUUGGGAUCCGAAAAGGAUUCAACUAUUCAUCAAGCUAUCUUCACCGUGGAGGAGAAUGGUGGCAAUCGUCUUGGCGUUUUAGGUUUGGAAAAAGAGAAUGGGGUUGGAGCCGUGGCUGUAUACUGAAAGAAUAAAACUAUAAUGGACAUAAAACUGUGAAUGGAGGAAACUGAGAUCAGAGGAGAUGUAUAGGGAGUGAAAACAGGAUGUGGGGAUGCAGUGUGUGGACAACACACUGUAGACCCAUGCACUCUGUUGGUAUAUGGGGGGACCACUGGAGUGGUAUAUCCUCGUAGACCGCACCCCCUUUCUCCAUUUAAUCAAUAUAUGUCAUAUCCUUUUUAGGAUUAUAACCCUCCGAUAUUCACUUAUCUGGAUUCCUGAUACAAGUAUUUAUACAAACAAUCAUGUGGACAGCAUUUAAAAACCCGUUCAUUCUCCACCUGUAUAAUCCCUUCCUGAUAUAGGAUUAUAGGUCAUAUUGCCGUGCUCAAACUGAUCCUGGAGAUGGCGAUACGUUGAGGGUAAGCGCUUCCUGGUUGUCAGGCAACGAUCCAUGUGACAAAGUCAUGUGAUCGGGAGGCCGAACUGGAGGAGGCUGCUCUCCGGAUCGUCACGCUCCGGGGGAGGUGCCUGGUUGCCUGCGUGCGCAUCGAGACUGACGUCACCUGCAGGCGCGGUCUCUGUUUGUUUACGCAGGUCUCCUGGAUACCGGACAUGCGCGAUGGGACCUCAGGGACGCCAAGACGGCUCCCACCAUGAAACUCCACGCUGUAAGUCAGUACUUGUUUGUUUGAAAACAUGCGGCCAUUGAUCGCAUGAUUAGCACUGUCAGGUGGUCAUUAUAAUGUAAGCACUAAUGCACUUUAUGAAACUGAUAUUGUUUCUCGAAAAUUUAUGAUAUUCACUAUGUAUGUGAUCAUGGCACAUUUCUAUGGCACUUGUUAUGGAAUGCACGUAUGAAUAUGAAAACCUUUUUAUAUAUAUAUGCACGCUUUUUAUAUUAUUGAAUAUGUUAUUGCCAAUCAUCUUGUUAACUUGACCCUCUAAGCAUUGUGGGUAUAAAUGUAGUACCAAUGUUAUGCUUGAGAAAGACUGCAAUGAGCAGUUGAAACGUUGCACAGGGGAA